CACCGACCGGCAGUUUCGCUGCGGCAUUUCAGGCAGCCGCAUGGGCAUGUGCAUACCGCUCAGGAAGAAAUGCGACCGGCGUCCGGAUUGCUAUGAAGGGGAGGAUGAAGAUGACUGCGAAUGCAAGAAGUCGGAGUUCAGAUGCAAGAGGCGAGGUGGUUGUAUUGCAAAGACGAGGGUUUGCGACGGACGAGCGGACUGCUUUGAUAAAAGUGACGAAAGCGUCGAGAUUUGUGGUGUUUCAAAUCGGACCUUUCCCGAUUGUACCUCGUCGUCCUUUUUCAUGUGCCCAUCUAAAGCAGGGUGCAUCCCUUGGAAAUUUGUCUGCGACAAGUUCGCCGACUGCUUGGACGGAUCGGACGAAGAGCCUAUUUCAAUCUGUGUAGACAACAGACUUGAAAUUUUACAACCAGUCUAUUUGUCCCCAACUUGUUCACCUGGUGAAUUCAUGUGCAAGAGUGGAGAGUGCAUCCAAGAAGGCUGGGCAUGUGAUGGGUCUUUGGAUUGCAGAGAUGGGUCCGAUGAAGCACUGAAGCUAUGCGGUCGACCAUUAUGCACACCACCGCAGAUCCCCUGUCCUGCUGGAGGUUGUGGAACACUGUGUGACCUCAAUCCCGAGUGUUUCAACGGAUGGGAUGAAACGAAUUGCACUUGUCAGGUACUAGACGAGGAAACCGUCAUAGAAGAAAUCAAAUGCAAAAAUGCGUCUUCUACAAAGUAUUUCAAGGGUGCCGAGUACCCAUACCUAACAGUCUGUGCUACAGCAACCCCGUUCUAUCGUUGUGAUGGAGGGUUGGAAUGUUUCAACACUACAUCUAAGCUGCCGGAGCAUUGCAAAACAGUGUACUCCGAGUGUUACAUCGCCACUAAUGGAUGGGACUACAGGGGCACUAAAACCCAAGACGAUUGUCUACCGUGGUCAGACCCACGGGUUGCCCUGCUCAACUACACGGGACAGAACUUCAGGGAGCUGGAGGGAGUGAAGCCGGGCUCGACGGUGGGGCACAGUCUCUGCCGGAACCCAGGAGGUGAGAGGGACACGAUCUGGUGUUUCGUGGACUCCGGGAAUGGGUCACUGGAAUAUAAGAAUUGCACGCCUCUGCCACCUCCAAUUCCUCUAAGAAAGUCUUGUCAUGAUGAGUUGUUUAGUGUGGCCCUAUCGCAAGACGACAGUUCUUCCGAUCCUACCCAAGGGCGCGUAGAAGUCAGCUUCAAAACGGGCGCCGUCGGCACGAUAUCCGACCCUGACUGGACUCUGGAGGAUGCCAACGUGGUUUGUCGACAGCUCGGUUUCCCAGCAGGAGCGAUCGUGAACUCGACCAUUGACUUCGGACCGGGUACCGGGCGAGUGCUGCUCAGGGAUGUCCAGUGCAUGGGUAUCGAGGUGAACCUCAUCGAUUGCCUGUACAGACUCGCCUCGGAUCAGGAUACCAACCACACGUAUGAUGUUGGCGUGGUCUGUAAUGAUACGGACGCUGUUCCAAGAAGGCAGAAGCGAGGUGUGGCCCCAACUUCAGACCUCAUCAGCGACGCAUGCCCCUUUUGUUCCAAGAAACGACUGAAUUCUGAACCAUCUCCUGAUACAACAUCUCCAUGUAAACACGAAGAGUUUCAGUGCACAGAGCGAAAACCAAACGCUCCAAUAAAAUGCAUCCCUCGGGAGUACGUGUGUGACAGAUACAACGAUUGCAGCGACAACGGGGGACUUCUAAAGCCAGGCAUGCCCAUGGACUCGGACGAACAACAUUGCACUCUUUCCGCUGGAGAUUGUGGGAAUGGCAAUUUCAAGUGCCGCAGUGGGGAGUGCAUCCGUUACUGGCAAACUUGCAACAAUUUCCCCGAUUGUCAAGACGGGAGCGAUGAGAUGCUGCCAGAAUGUGAAGUUAGAAGAAGUGCCUGCCGACUCCAAGAGUUCCAGUGCACGGAACCUCUGUCAGAUGGAACCUACAAGUGCAUUCCUCGGAAUUUCGUGUGUGAUAGAUACAACGAUUGCGGCGACAAUAGAGGGCCACUUACUGCCACGAUAACGAGGGCUUCUGACGAACGCGCGUGCAUUAAACCCGGAGAGGUCCCGCCCGAUAACUACUACCGUUGUCGCGACGGCAUGGAGUUCAUCCAUGAGUAUGAUGUCUGCAACACGGUAAAAGACUGCAAACAAGGAGACGAUGAGGAGAAUUGUUACUUGGCAGGCAGAUCUGAUCCAUUCGGUGGCCUAUUUCAAGAUCCAAAGUGGUAUUUUCCAUAUCUGGUAAUGGUGAGCAAGGAACACCGCAGCCACCUUUUCGACAAUUUCAUGGAAGAUUUCAGGGCGCCCCCAUUCGGCCGGGUCAAAGGUGAUUACCCCCCGGACUGGAACGGCUUCGUGACGUUUAGCUCCACACCUGAUUACAGUGACCUCGUCGGAGUGGCAAAAAUGAGCAAGGAUGAAGUCAGUCGGUACGGACACCAAAAGGAUGACUUCAUCUUGCAGUGCACGUACGAGCAGAGGAAGUGUAACAUGAGCAAUUUUCAGUUGUUGCAAGAUGAUAAUUACGGUAACUGCUUCACCUUUAAUGCCGCAAUAGACAACCCAAUCACUGCAAAGAAAACAGGCUCCAGAUACGGUCUCCAAAUGACACUCUUUUUGGAACAGAGUGAAUACAUUAGUAUAUUCGGACCAGAGGCUGGAGUGAGAGUAUGUAUUAACCCCCAACACAUCCGGCCCAAUCCGACCGACACUGGAAUGACUGUCAAGCCGGGAACCGUUACCUCUUUAGGUCUCAGAUAUAACGAUGUGCUCCGAAAAGGGUUUCCGUAUGGAAAGUGCUUGAAGAAAGUUAGGAACACCAAGAUUAUUGCUGAUGGCGAGAUCAAAAUCUCUUCAUUAGAUUAUUACGAUAGAGAGCUGUGUAAGAAAACAUGCAUUCAUGAGCACAUUAGAAAAUACUGUGGUUGCUCGGAUACACUAGAACUCAAUGGUGAGCGAUGCAGUUUGCUGAAUAAGACCCAAGAAGUCUGUGUACAACUGGUCUACUAUCUUAGUCAGCACAACAACUUAACCUGUUCCUGUCCGCAGCAAUGCAGUGAGGUGUAUUACACAAAGACAAGUUCGAUGUCAAAGUGGCCCUCACAAAAGUUUGCGAAACACCUGUUGAGAAACAUACAUUCAAUCAAUGAGAAGACGCUGCAUUUGAAUGAAGAAAAUUUGUUUGACAACAUUGUGAGACUUGAGAUUUAUUACGAGGAGUUGAACUAUGAAAGCACUAAAGAGGUGCCAGCUUAUCAGGAGGCCUCGCUGUUUGGAGACCUUGGCGGUAUCGUAGGCCUCUACAUUGGCUUCUCUCUCAUAACGGUCUGUGAGUUCAUCGCUCUAUUCCUGAAACUCAUCAAAAAGUCUUGCUGCAAUCGUACCGUCAGAAUAUAGGAAUUCGACUCAUCCAAUAAAUGUAUUAAUAAUUGCGGCAAAGAGUACCUUUAAGAGACACUUUAUAGACGUGUACCUGUGCACAAACAAAUCCUAACUCCAAAGACACUUAACCAGAACCUUAGCUGUACCUACCCUCACCAAACUAUUAUGUUUUGCAUCACAAUGAAUCGAUUUCAGUCUAGAAAUAAGACUUGAAGCGCUAGAAAGACAUUCAAACGUCUGCCUAAUGUACCUUGUCUCACAUGGUUAUGGUUAUGGUUAGGGUUAGGGCCUAAGGUACAACUUUGUAGGGAAAUGUGUCUCCUAGCUAAUGGACCUUUAUUGAGACUAGAAAACUGGAUAUGUUUUGAAAAAAUUGAGGGUUUCCUUGACAAUAGAUCCCGAUGUCUAAUAAACUGAAGUUCUAGGAUUGAUAAAUAUGUUCCUUACUGUUUUGCCUUCAUCAAGUCUGUUUUGAAAUUUAAUGUUAGUUAGUAAGAGCUCAGGUAAGUGUGUAGUAGAUUUAUGUAAAGUCCUUUCAGAACCUCUUAUUCGAUAUUCGAUGUGUCUUAUUCCUCUUUAAUCAAGGCGGAUCAUCAAGAUUGUGCGUGAAGAAUUACUGCCCUGCAUUUCACCCUUCCUGAACGUUUAGGCAAUUGCCCUACAUGGGAAUAUUUAUAUACUUUCGAAAAAAAGUUUUAGAAGUGUUUGUCAUAUAUUACCAUCAUUCAAGACUCUGGUUAACUUAUUGACGUGUUGAUUCAUGUAUUGCAAGGUGGGUGCCUACACAUGUGCAAAUUGUUGGUGUAAACUAUACUUAAAAAAAUUGUAUCUUCUUCUUUAACUUUGCAAAGAAUUUACAAAAACAUGUAUCCGAGACAUGAGUUUUCAAAGUAUUACGAAGUUGACUUUUAUCAAAAUACUGCGCAAUCAUCACUUUCAGUGAGUCAAAACACACACAAUUUUCCUCCGUUCGGGCUUCGAUUAUUUGUAGCACGUUGAGAUUGUAAGUGCAAUAGGGGAUGUUUUAUACCUUGUAGGUGAUCAGUCUUAUAAGUGAUCAGUGUUGUAGGUUUAGAAACCAAGCAAGGUGUUGGCCUCGAUCUCUGACCUCCAGAUCUUGGACUUACAGAUCUCGACUACAACACUGAUAUUUAUCAUUCUUGUAAGCCAUGGUGUCCUCUGAAUUUUCAAUUCUUUCUAUUGUCGAAAUCAAUUUCAAAUGAUAACCCUUAUAAAACCUUAGUAGUAUAUUUAAGUCUGAGUUUCAGUAAACUAGUGUGAGUUUUAGUAAAUAAGCGAUGAAAUUGUUAGAAUGUUUUGCUGCGAUCUUUCUACAUUAGUGUUUUCGAUUUUUUAAGAGAAAUUAUGCAUUUUAAAGCAUUUUGUCACAUUUUGAUAUUAAUGGUUAACAUAUAAUUCGUUUAGUGUCACUGUGUGCAACUGAAAACAAUUGAGUAAAAGAGAAAUUAAUUUGUGAUCUUCGUAGAAAAGUUGUUGAUAUUUGUAAUGGUGCACACUGAACGAAAUGGAAUGUGUUUGAGUGAAUGUUGCAUGGUCAGGUUUUGAAGUUGUUAGCACUGUGAGGUUGAGGCAUUAACAUUACAGAAUAAGCGCCUGCGUUGCCUUGUGCAAAUUGGAUCUAAACACGAAGUUCGAAUCAAGGUCUGUCGAUUAUCAAGGAGGGGGAAUGGUCCAUUUUAGGCACAAUUAAGUGUAUCAUUUUAACACUUACAACUUCUUGGAUGCAACACUACUUUUGAACCAGCUUUUCAUCCACGGACUUUGAGCGAAGAUUAAGACAUCCCUGAGGUGUCGUUAAUCCAGGAAGAGUUGGAAGUUUGGGGAAAAGGUAAAGCUGUACGUAAAGUCUGACCAAGUAAUUAUGCCCAUUUUUGAUGGGAAUCCACCAUUUUUUUAUGGGAACCCAUCAUAAACAAUGGGGGCGUCACGAGUGUGAGGGGCUUGCGUAUAUGCAAAUA